GAGUGACAUACAGGAAGAAGUUGAACAAGUGUUUUAAGAAAACAGAACAUCGUUUUUUUUUACAAAUCGCCCGCGGUCUGUGUGCACGUUGUGUUAGUGAGUGGCGCCAUGGACGCGCAGAAACUGUGACAGAAUGAAGGUAAAUGUAGCGGCCGCCCGAGCUCUGGCGCUGUAACGUGUGGACGACUUCACCCCGGGAGAGACUGAGAAACAGAGACACACAGAGAGAGAGGGGAGUGCCAUUUGGUCAUAAAUGGAAAAACAGGACAAAUCUACAAGCCUUCUUCAGUGAGAAUGUCAGACCACAGGUCCAGUUUUCUUCACAUUGGAGACAUUGUGUCUCUUUACGCGGAAGGCUCGGUGAAUGGCUUCAUCAGUACUUUGGGGCUUGUUGAUGACAGGUGUGUGGUCCAGCCCGAUGCUGGAGACCUCGCCAAUCCACCCAAGAAAUUCAGAGAUUGCCUCUUCAAGGUGUGUCCCAUGAACAGAUACUCGGCCCAGAAGCAGUUCUGGAAGGCAAAACAAGGAAAACAAGGGAACAACAACACACAAGGGGAACUUUUUAAAAAGUUACAGCAUGCAGCAGAGCUGGAACAGAAGCAGAACGACUCGGAGAACAAGAAGCUGCUGGGAGAAAUCGUCAAGUACAGCAACGUCAUCCAGUUCCUGCACAUUAAGAGUAACAAAUACCUGACGGUGAACAAACGACUGCCUGCGCUGCUCGAGAAGAAUGCCAUGCGGGUUUCCUUGGACCCCGCUGGGAAUGAGGGCUCCUGGUUUUACAUCCAGCCCUUCUGGAAGCUCCGCAGUGAAGGAGACAAUGUGGUGGUCGGAGACAAAGUGGUCCUGAUGCCAGUGAAUGCUGGACAGCCCCUUCAUGCCAGUAACAUCGAGCUCUUGGAUAACCGUGGCUGCAAAGAGGUGAAUGCUGUCAACUGUAACACCAGCUGGAAAGUCAACUUGUUCAUGAAGUUUAGUGACUACAGGGACGAUGUCUUGAAGGGGGGAGACGUGGUGAGGCUGUUUCAUGCUGAGCAGGAGAAGUUUCUGACCUGUGACGAGUACAAGAAACAGCAGCACGUCUUUCUCAGGAUAACGCUGCGGCAGUCGGCCACCUCGGCCACCAGCUCCAAGGCUCUCUGGGAGGUCGAGGUCGUGCACUAUGACCCCUGCAGAGGUGGAGCCGGCCAGUGGAACAGCCUGUUUCGCUUCAAACACCUGGCCACUGGGAAUUACCUCGCAGCUGAGGUCAACCCUGAAUUUAAAGACAGCACAGUGGAGUCCAAAGGGGAGAAUGAGACUGAUGCCGUGUACUCCAAGAGGAAGCGUCAGGCAGCAGAGAGGAUUGCUUUCACCCUGGUUUCCGUUCCCCACGGGAGCGACAUUUCCUCCCUGUUUGAGUUGGACGCCACCACGCUGCAGCGGGCUGACUGUCUUGUACCCAGAAACUCGUAUGUGAGGCUCAGACACCUGUGCACCAACACCUGGGUCACCAGCAGUAAUGCCCCCAUUGAUACGGAGGAGGAGCGUCCGGUUAUGCUCAAGAUUGGCACCUGUCCCACUAAGGAGGACAAAGAAGCUUUUGCCAUCGUGUCAGUUCCCCUGUCCGAGGUCAGAGACUUGGACUUCGCUAAUGAUGCGAGCAAAGUCUUGGAGUCCACUGUGCAAAAGCUUCAGUACGGCAAUAUUGCUCAGAACGAGAGGCGGUUUGUGACUAAGCUUCUGGAGGACCUGGUUUUCUUUGUAUGUGUGGUUCCGAACAACGGACAGGAUGUUCUGUCUGUGGUCACCUCCACGCCUAAUCGUGAAAGACAGAAACUCAUGAGGGAGCAAAACAUCCUUGCCCAGAUAUUUGGCAUCCUGAAGGCUCCGUUUUCGGAUCAUGGUGAUGGUCCGAUGCUGAGGUUGGAGGAUUUGGGAGACCAGCGCUAUGCUCACUUCAAGUAUAUGUUGAGGCUCUGCUACAGGGUGUUACGACACUCACAACAGGACUACCGCAAGAACCAGGAAUACAUAGCCAAAAAGUUCUCAAUUAUGCAGUCUCAGAUUGGGUAUGAGAUCCUGGCUGAAGAUACAAUCACCGCCCUGCUGCACAACAACCGAAAGCUCUUGGAAAAACACAUCACAGCCAAGGAGAUUGAAACCUUUGUCAACCUGCUGAGGCGCAACAGAGAACCCAGAUUCCUGGAUUAUCUGUCUGAUCUGUGUGUGUCCAACAAAACCGCCAUCCCCGUCACACAGGAGCUUAUCUGUAAAUUUAUGCUGAACCCCAGCAACGCAGACAUCCUCAUCCAGACCAAACUAAUCUCUAACACAGAUGCCACCCUGGAGUCGUCUCUGCUGCAGGAGGAGGUGGAGGAGGAGGAGGUUUGGCUCUACUGGAUUGACAGCCACAAGGAGCCUCACGGCAAAUCCAUCCGCCACCUGGCCCAGGAUGCCAAAGGCAACCACAAGUUGGAUGCAGAUAUCAUUACCUACUACAGGUAUCAGCUGAACUUGUUUGCUAAAAUGUGUCUGGACCGCCAGUACCUAGCCAUCAACCAGAUCUCCAGCCAGCUGCCCGUGGAUCUGAUCCUGCGCAGCAUGUUUGAUGACUGCUUGCCUUACAACCUCCGAGCCUCCUUCUGUCGCCUGAUGCUGCACAUGCAUGUGGACCGCGACCCGCAGGAGUCUGUGGUUCCUGUGCGCUACGCCCGCCUCUGGACCGAGAUCCCCUCCAAGAUCACCAUCAAUGAGUUUGAGUACGAGUCCACUGACAGCUCAAGAGAGGAGAUGAAGAGGAGGUUUGCUCCCACCAUGGAGUUUGUGGAAGAAUAUCUUAAAGAUGUGGUCACGCAGGCUUAUCCAUUUGGGGAUAAAGAUAAGAAUGAACUUACACUAGAGGUGGUGAAUCUGGCUCGACACCUGGUUUACUUCGGCUUCUACAGCUUCAGUGAGCUGCUGCGACUCACGCGUACCCUGCUGGCCAUCCUGGAUAUUGUCCAGCACCCACUCACCUUCAUGAGCAAGCCCAGCAAGAGUCCAGAGCCUGGCAACAAUGUCCUGCGAACGAUUCACGGCGUUGGAGAAAUGAUGACUCAGAUGGUGAUGAGUCGAGGUGUGCCCCACAACCUGUCUGACGCCGCUCCCAGCCUGCGCUAUGUGAAAGGACACUUCCUGCUGGACAAAGAGGAUAUCAUGGUGAUGGACACGAAGCUGAAGAUCAUUGAGAUCCUUCAAUUCAUCCUGAGCGUGAGGUUGGACUACAGGAUCACGUACCUAUUGUCCAUCUACAAGAAAGAGUUCGGGGAGAACGUCAUGGCUGAGAACUCUGUCUCUUUGGUGGAUGUGCCUCCGAUGCCAUCUUCUGAACCAGACAUAGAUAAGAUUACAGCUAAAGCGGAGAGCAUGUUUGCAGGAGGCUCUGAGUUAAGUGCAGUGGAGCUGGACGAUGAGGGUGGCCGGACAUUUUUGCGGGUUCUCAUUCAUCUCAUCAUGCAAGACUACCCACCGCUGGUGUCUGGGUCACUGCAGCUCAUCUUCAAGCACUUCAGUCAGAGAGCUGAGGUGCUGCAGGCCUUCAAGCAGGUCCAGCUGCUCGUGUCAGAGCAGGAUGUGGAGAACUACAAGCAGAUCAAGGCAGACCUGGACCAGCUGCGACUGACUGUGGAGAAGUCAGAGCUGUGGGUGGAAAAGAGUGGAGUCUACAACACUGAGGACCUUGGGGUCAGGCAGGGCAAAGAACCAAACAUGGAGGAGGUUGUUCUGAGCCCAGUGCAGGAUGGAGAAAUCAAACCUCAGAUUGACAGCAACAAGGCAAACAACUAUAACAUAGUCAAAGAGAUCCUGAAGCGGCUGACAAAGCUGUGUUUCCUGAGCAAGAAGAGCCGUGUGCAGCAGCAGAGGCUGCUGAAGAACAUGGGGGCACAUACUGUGGUGCUGGACCUGCUGCAGAUCCCCUUUGAGCAGAGUGAUGAGAAGAUGAACGAGAUCAUGUCCUUGGCUCAUACGUUCCUGCAGAACUUCUGCAAAGGAAACCCUCAGAAUCAAGUUUUGCUACAUAAACACUUGAACCUCUUCCUCACUCCUGGGUUACUGGAAGCUGAAACGAUGCGCCACAUCUUUAUGAACAACUACCAGCUGUGCAACGAGAUCAGUGACCGUGUGGUCCAUCAUUUUGUCCACUGCAUUGAAACACAUGGAAAACAUGUCCAGUACCUCAGGUUCUUGCAAACCAUCGUGAAAGCUGAUGGGAAGUAUGUCAAGAAAUGUCAGGACAAAGUAAUGACAGAGCUGGUGAACGGUGGUGAGGACGUGCUGGUGUUCUACAACGACCGUUCCUCCUUCUCAGUGCUGCUGCAGAUGAUGGGCUCCGAGCGGGAGCGAGCGGACGAGGACGGCGCUCUGGCUUACCACAAUACGCUUGUGGAGCUGCUGGCUGCCUGCACCGAGGGAAAGAAUGUCUACACCGAGCUGAAAUGCAACUCUCUGCUACCGCUGGAUGACAUAGUUAAAGUCGUCACUGACGUGAACUGUAUACCAGAGGUGAAGACUGCGUAUGUGAACUUUGUCAAUCACUGCUACGUAGACACAGAGGUAGAAAUGAAGGAGAUCUACACUUCCAACCACAUCUGGAGGCUCUUUGACAACUUCCUGGUGGACAUGGCCAGUGUGUGCAACACGACCACAGACCGCAGCCAUGCAGAUCAAGCCUUGGAGAAGUAUGUGACGGAGACAGUGAUGGCUAUUGUCAAAGGUUUCUUCAGCUCACCCUUCUCUGUAAACCACUCCAACCUGCAGACAAAUCAGUCCAUCUUCAUCAAGCUGCUCCAGUCCGCUUUCAGGAUCUACAACUGCACCUGGAUUAACUCGGCUCAGAAGGCCAAUAUUGAGAGCUGUAUCAAAACGCUGGCUGACGUCGCGAAGGCACGGGCCAUCGCCAUCCCAGUUGAUCUGGACAGUCAGGUCAACACUCUGUCUCUGAAGGUCCACAGCAACAUGGUGCAGCGGGCAGCCAAAGACUGGAGGAUCUCUGCCCGCACGCGACCUCGCAAAGAGCCGCUGGGAGGCCCUGACUACAAAAACAUCAUUGAGAAACUGCAGGGGGUGGUGUCCUGUCUGGAGGAGCAGUUCACUCUCAAGGUUCAGGCAGAGUUUUCUGUGCUGGUGGAUGUUCUUCACAGCCCGGAGCUGCUGUUCCCAGAACCUGCACGCUUGCGCUGUGAGACUGGAGCGUUCAUGUCCAAGUUGAUCAAACACACCAAGAAGCUGAUGGACAAAGAGGAAAAACUGUGUAUAAAGAUCCUGCAGACCAUCAGAGAGAUGCUCGACAAGAAAAAAUGUCUUCAGGAAUCGGGAAAUGAGUUGAGGAAGAUCCUGCUCACACGCUACUUUGGAAAUCAAAAGCCUCUCUCCAAGUCGGAGCUUGCGUGCGGAAACAGCUCAUCAAGCGGCUUUGCCAAGGCAUCAUCUGGAGGUUCUUCCAUGACGGACUCUGACAAGCCCGGCAGCAGUAUAGGAGAGAUCCAGUGUCUCCUGGACAGCGUUGGAGCGUCAGAGCUGGUGAUCGAUCUCAUCGUCAACACCAAGAAUGACAGGGUGUUUGAGGAAAGCAUCCUGCUGGGCAUUGCUCUUCUGCAGGGUGGAAACACACAAAUACAGAUCUCAUUCUACAACCAGUUGUACAAGCAGAAGAAGUCUGAGAGGUUCUUUAAGGUUUUCUAUGACCGCAUGCGUUUGGCCCAGCAAGAGAUUCGAGCCACCGUGUCCGUCAACAUGUUUGAACUCGGCCUCAGAAAAAGGGAUGAUGACAGCGAAGUCGCUGCCACCAGGUUUAAGAAAGGCAAAGACUCGGGGCUUCACAUGAGGGAGGACAUGCGAGGGCAGCUGAAGGAGGCCUCUACAGUGACAUCCAAGGCCUUCUCUGCCUUCAGAAAGGAGCUGGACCCCGACCUCGAAGGCCUUGGCCAGAACAGUGACAUCAUGGGUGGCGAGGAGGCUUUGGAGGAAACUCAGAUGAGCCCAGCCAUCACAAUCAUGAAACCAAUCCUCCGUUACCUCCAGCUGCUCUGUGAAAACCACAACUCAGACCUGCAGAACUUCCUGCGCAAUCAGAACAACAAGACAAACUACAAUCUGGUGUGCGAGACUCUUCAGUUCUUGGACUGCAUAUGUGGGAGCACUACUGGAGGCCUGGGGCUGCUGGGACUUUAUAUCAAUGAGAGUAACGUGGAUCUGGUGCGCCAAACCCUGGAAACCAUCACAGAGUAUUGCCAGGGACCCUGUCAUGAAAACCAGACUUGCAUAGCCAGGCAUGAGUCAAACGGCAUUGAUAUAAUUAUAGCUCUGAUUGUCAACCCCAUCAACCCGCUGGGAAAGAAUCGACUGGACCUGGUGCUGCAGCUCAAGAAUAAUGCCUCCAAGCUCCUAUUGGCCAUCAUGGAGAGUCGUCAUGACAGCGAGAACGCAGAGAAGAUUCUCUACAAGAUGAGACCCAAUGAGCUGGUGGAUGUAAUGAAAGAAGCCUACACCCAGGGUUUGGAGAGUGAGGCGGAUGAGGACGGUGUUGGAGACCUGAUCAAACCCAGAGAUGUCGGGCACAACAUUUACAUCCUGGCUCACCAGUUGGCCAGACACAACAAGCUCCUGCAGCAGAGUCUCCGGCCGGGGUUGGCGGUGGUCGGUUCUCCGGACAAGGAGAAAGAUGACGCCCUUCAUUACUACGCCAAGCACACGGCUCAGAUAGAGAUUGUGCGUCUUGAUCGGAGUAUGGAACAGAUCGUGUUUCCAGUCCCAAACAUUUGCGAGUACCUCACCGAGGAGUCCAGGUUGCGCGUGUUCACCACUACGGAGAGGGACGACCAAGGCAGCAAAGUGAAUGACUUCUUCCAGCAGUUUGACAACCUCCACAGCGAGAUGAGGUGGCAGAAGAAAAUUCGCAAAAACAAGGCUCUUUUCUGGUUCUCGCGACACAUCUCGUUUUGGGGGAGCAUCUCCUUCUACCUGGCGCUACUUCUCAACAUUGCUGUGGCCGUAUUUUACCCCUUUGGAGAUGAUGGAGAUGAGGGCAUCCUUUCCCCGUUCUGGAAUAUCUCCCUGUGGGUGGCACUGGGGGUGUUCACGGCCGUGCUUCCCGUCUUCCCAAGGCCGUGGGGCAUUGGGUUGUUCCUGAUCUCCUUCAUCUUACGUGCCAUCUACACUAUGGGCCUCACCCCUGCUCUGUUGUUGCUUGGUGCUGCAAAUUUAUUCAACAAGUUGGUCUUCCUUGUGAGCUUCGUGGGCAACCAGGGAACAUUCACUCGAGGCUACAAAGUGCUUGUGAUGGACGGCCUCUUCAUGUUCCAUGUGGCUUAUGCCAUCAUCUGCGUCUUGGGCCUCUUUGUUCACGAGUUCUUCUACAGUUUUUUGUUGUUCGACCUGGUGAUUAGAGAGGAGACGCUGCUGAACGUGAUCAAGAGUGUGACGCGAAAUGGCCGCUCCAUCAUCUUGACAGCCGUUCUCGCCAUCUUCCUCGUUUACUUUUUCUCCAUCAUUGGCUUCCUCUUCCUCAAGGACGACUUCCGCAUGGAGGUGGACCGCCUCCCCUCUGCAGAAAAAAGUCAUUUCAUGAGUAAGGGUGAGUCCACAGAGAGCUGUCCUGCUUCAUCUUCCACACCCUGUCAUGAUGAGGAUGACAAGACUGAGCGUGUGUGCGACACGCUGCGUAUGUGUAUAAUCACGGUUCUGAACCAGGGGCUACGUAACGGAGGUGGCGUGGGAGAUAUCCUCAGGAGACCCUCCAAAGAGGAGCCUCUCUUUGCAGCCCGAGUGGUUUACGACCUUCUCUUCUUCUUCGUCGUCAUCAUCAUCGUUCUUAAUCUCAUCUUUGGUGUGAUCAUUGACACAUUUGCUGAUUUGAGGAGCGAGAAACAGAGGAAGGAGGAGAUUCUCAAAACCACCUGUUUCAUCUGCGGAUUGGAAAGGGACAAAUUUGACAACAAGACGGUGACCUUUGAGGAGCAUAUCAAAUCUGAACACAGCAUGUGGCACUACCUUUACUUCCUGGUGCUGGUGAGGGUGAAGGAUCCAACCGAAUACACCGGACCUGAGAGCUACGUGGCCCAAAUGAUUGAAGAGAAGAACCUGGAGUGGUUCCCUCGAAUGAGAGCCAUGUCUCUGGUGAGCAGCGAGGGAGACAGCGAGCAGAAUGAGAUGCGAUCCCUGCAGGAGAAACUGGCCAGCACCGUCACGCUGGUGGCUCAGCUCUCGGGCCAGCUGGCUGAGCUCAAAGAACAGAUGACGGAACAGAGGAAGAACAAGCAGAGGCUCGGAUUCCUGGGUCCUCCUCAACCCAACCAUCACAUCCCAGCACACGCCCAGCCCUAAGAACAAUACAUGCAUUCAGACGUGAGCCGCCAUCACUGAUGUCAAACUGCAAGAGACCACAAGUGUUGACACAUCAGUUUAGGCAUAGUGCCUCGUCUUUGACACAAAUACUGUCUCACGUGAUGCUAAAACUCUACGCGGGAACCCGCCUCCGUGUGUAAUUGGCCAGGCUUGGCUGAGACCAGUGUUUCUCAGUCCCAGGGAACGUGAGGUUAAUAGUUAAGUGUUAAGUCUGUGUACAGCAUAUAUUGGCCCAUGAUCUACCUGUGUCAGAGUCCAGAUCAGUCACACAAAGGUCAAUGAUUGACCUAGAGGCCUCCGAGAGAUGAGAGUGCACAUUAACACCGAGUAUUCUCUGUUUUUACCUUUUUAGAUCUAUUUUUGUAUUUAUGAGAAAAUUUUCACUUCAUCACUGAAGUAUUAUUUUUGCAUUUUGUAAUGGAAAUCACACUGCCUUACUCGUUAACCUCCAUAAACAGCAUGUUGCAAUGGCUGUAAGUGCACUUUUCUUAAAUAAAAGGGAAAAAGGUUAAAAGCUGCAACUGGAAACUUUGGUUUAUUUGGGAUAGUAUUUUUUUUUUUUAAUGCUUUGUAUUGUUUUCAAAUAUGCACCACUGCACCACUUCAUUUGCCUUCGACUUAUUUGCAGAACAUAUAAGUAACCGAAAUGUGAAUAAGAUUAUUACCUGUGUAAAACCUACUUGAAUUUUUUUAAAGUCUAAAUCUUGUAUUGGUACAUAAUGUAUUGUCAACUGAAGAUCUAGCCGUCCUUUGUUACAGUAUAAAUGUCAUUAUCUGUGCCGAAAUGUCGGCUGUGUAGUGCCAUAUUUACCAAAUCUACUGAGUAACAUCAACUUCUACUGCUUAAGAUAUUUUUAUUCUGUAAAAUCAUCACGACUCCUUUAGACUGCAGUCGAUUAUUAAUCUAAGAACUUGUGUUUUUAAACUUGCACAAACAAAUGGCACGAGUGCACGCGCUUGAUUGUGACUGUCCUGUGACACUUCGUUCAGUUCAUAGAAAAUGUAUUUUAUGUGUUCAUGUUAUAAUAAAUUUGAAAGAAAUGA